AACCCGGGGUGCGGCUGGCUAUCCACCGGCCUCCCCUCCGCUGUCACGCAGCGCCAUCUUUGCCGCCACACUUGUCUUUGAAAGGAACCCGUCCGCCCGAGACUUUUUGCGCCGCGAGCUUGGUCACGUGCGUGCCGGCCCCGCCCUGGCCGCCUAUAAGAAUCCGCCGGCCCUGUGUCUCCCAAAUCAGACCGCGCUUUCUUCCUUGCCCAUCGCCGGUUCCCUGAGCUCCCACCCGCCGACGUUCGUCAGCGCCGGCCAGGUUGGAUCCAUGGCGGAGAAGAAGGUUGUGCUGAAGCUGGACGUGCACGACGACAGGCAGAAGCAGAAGGCGAUGCAGGUCGUCUCCACCCUCCAAGGCAUCGACCAUAUCGCCGUGGACAUGAAGGACCAGAAGAUGACGGUCAUCGGCACCGUCGACCCCGUCGUCCUCGUCGAAAGGCUGCGCAGCAAGUUCCCCAUGGCACAGAUGAUCUCCGUCGGCCCGGCCAAGGAGGAGAAGAAGGACGGCGCCAAGAAGGAAGGCGACAAGAAGGAGGGCGACAAGAAGGCGCCUCCGUUCUGGUACCCGCCGCCGCCGUACCACCCGCACCCGUACCACCACGCCUGCAGCGCCGACGAGGACCCCAACUCGUGCAUCAUCUCCUAGUCGGCGCGCGCCACCGAUUUCCUCCUCUGUUGCAGAUGUAGAAUGGAAUCACAGUGUGAAGAAAAAUUAAAUAGAACUGCCCACUUGGAAUUUUCAGUGAAUUCGGUGACAAGUAAGUGCUGAAAUAAAUAAACCGGAGGUGCGGCAGCUUGAGCGAGUCAGAUGAGAUCGAUGCAAAAUUCAGGCGGCUAGCUAGAUUGGUCCCUCGUGCAACUUUACAUUUACUAAUAGAAACUCUGAAGCUGUCCGGCUGUGCUCCACCUGAGAGGUGCUUUCAGCCAGUCAGUGAUCUCGAUGGCAAAACCAAAAGGUGUCCAAGAUUUUGGACUGCUUCUAAUCACUUACUCAUUGAUGUUUUCUUUGA